CUUUGUGUGGAGUACAUUUGUUUACAUUCCUACGAACUAUCGUUUGUUGAUUUUAGGACCCCUUCAAGGCUUUGAUGAUUAUAUUUGUUUAACAAACAAGUACAUUGAACCAGUAUUGUAAGAAAAAAAAUGCGUAUCUUGGGGUUCAUUGUUGCACUAUUGGCCUUACAAAUUCCAGGAAAAAAGUUUGUAUCCAGCUCAGUAAUAAAGCGCACGAUUAAUCCCCCUGAAUCAAUUGUGUUACAAACAUUGCAUACAAAAUAUUGGUCAUUUAAAGCUCAUGUUCCUGUUAAUUAUGAUCCUCAAACUAAGGGUUUCAUGGUUCAUCAUGAUGGUACCCAUUUGUACAUCGGAGAGUAUUCAGGAACGAAUUUACUGCGAAUUGAGUACGAGGACGAUCUAACAUUGCAUACAAAAGACCGGAAAGCUUUAAUAUAUCACCCACUUAACCCUUUAGUAUUAAAACGUGAAGCAGGAUCUCCUUUUUUUAUUGAGAUGGUAGAAGAAAGAAGGGAACCAGAAAGUCCCUACAUGCUUUUCUAUUCAAAAUCGUUGCAUUUCACAUCUUGCAAAGAAAACGAAAAAUGGAUUAUUUACUCCGGUGAUUUAAACAUCCCUUCACUUGAUUGCAUUCCAAUAGAACUUGUAGGAAUCAGAUACAAAGGAUGGAGAACAAACGACAAAAGGCCUUUUACUAUUAAGAACCCAGGUGAGGAUGGGUUAGAUGCUCCUUGGAACGAUCGAUUAAUUCCCAUGUGAGCUGCAGAUUUUAUAUCACUCUAAUUCUGGAUUCUCGAAGGACUAAAAGCAAAGACUUUCGAUUAUAACCUUCUAUCCCUUGUCCUUCAUGUAUCGGGAUUCAACAUUCCACGUAAGUGAAAACAUAAGCGCAGAAAAUUUCACUUGUACUUCGAAACAAAGUUACUAUUGAGCAAUCACAAUAAUGCAUAGAAUAUCACACUGAAUUUUGAGCUCAAUUUUAGUGUGUAAGAUUAUAAUUUCUAAUCAAGCUUAUUUGAAUUAAAGUCUUAAUAAAAUAGAAUCGUACUUCUCAUUAUGUAAUUUACAAUUAUACGAACAAAGAUUUAUUUCCUGCAAA